AUCAAAGUGGUCGUUCGGUCGUUCCCUUUUCUCUUUGUGCAUUGUAGCCGAUAAAAGCGUAAAGAAAAAUAAUUAAUUAGGUCCUUCAUCCAAAAUGGUAUCAUUAAAUCCAAUUCGUAUCCUUAAAAAUGAAGCAGAAGAGGAGAAAGCUGAAGUUGCCCGGAUGUCCAGUUUCAUCGGUGCUAUUGCCAUAGGAGAUUUGGUAAAGAGUACUUUAGGUCCCAAAGGAAUGGAUAAGAUCUUAGUUUCCUGCGGGAGGAACUCUGGUCAGGUCGAAGUAACAAAUGAUGGUGCUACGAUAUUGAAAUCUAUCGGUGUGGAUAAUCCUGCUGCUAAAAUCCUAGUAGAUAUGUCUAAGGUACAAGAUGAAGAAGUCGGAGAUGGCACCACAUCUGUUACAGUUUUGGCUGCUGAAUUACUUCGAGAGGCUGAAAAAUUAAUUGAACAAAAACUGCACCCUCAAACAAUCAUUGCUGGUUGGAGAAUUGCUUCUGAUGCAGCCAAACAAGCUCUUGCAGAAGCUAGCUUUGAUCAUCAGAAGAACUUAAAUGAGGCUUCAUUAAGAGUGGAUUUAGAAAACAUCGCACGGACCACACUGAGCUCAAAGAUCCUUUCAAAUCACAAAGAGCAUUUCACAAAAUUAGCAGUUGAUGCAGUUUUGCGUUUGAAAGGAUCUGGUAAUUUAAAAGCUAUCCAAAUUAUCAAAAUAUCUGGAGGUCUUCUUGAAGAGUCAUUCUUGGAUGAAGGGUUCUUGCUAAACAAAAAAGUUGGUGUACAUCAACCAAAGAAAGUAGAAAAUGCUAACAUCCUUAUUGCAAACACACCAAUGGACACUGACAAGAUUAAAGUGUUUGGUUCCACAAUUAAAGUGGAUUCAAUGGCCAAGAUUGCUGAAUUGGAAGUAGCUGAGAAAGAGAAAAUGAAGGACAAAGUGAACAAGAUUUUAGCACACAAAUGUAAUGUCUUCAUUAACAGACAACUUAUAUACAACUACCCAGAGCAGUUGUUUGCUGAUGCUGGAGUAAUGGCAAUUGAGCAUGCUGAUUUCGAAGGUAUCGAAAGGCUUGGCUUGGUCACUGGAGGGGAAAUUGUGUCAACAUUUGACUCACCAGACAAAGUGAAACUUGGUCACUGCAAAUUGAUCGAAGAGGUUCUGAUUGGUGAUGAGAGCUUGAUCCGCUUCUCUGGUGUAGCGUUGGGCUCGGCUUGCACGAUCGUAAUCCGUGGUGCCACGCAACAAGUUAUCGACGAAGCUGAGCGUUCACUCCAUGAUGCGCUUUGCGUGCUUGCUGCUACUGUAAAAGAACCGAAGGUCAUAUGUGGAGGAGGGGCUGGUGAAAUGCUAAUGGCAGAAGCAGCUUCCCGCGCCGGCGCUCGCACAGCCGGGAAGGAAGCCGCAGCAGCCGAAGCCUUUGCAGUCGCGCUCCGGAGACUGCCGUCCGCUGUCGCCGACAAUGCUGGCUACGACAGUGCUGAUCUCAUUGCUCGACUCAGAGCUCAUCAUUCUCGAGGAGAAAACACUAUGGGAUUAGAUAUGCAAAACGGCACUGUUGGUGAUAUGAAGAAGUUGGGUGUGACCGAGUCGUAUGUCGUAAAGAGACAGGUCCUGUUGUCUGCGGCUGAAGCGGCCGAGAUGAUUCUUCGUGUCGAUAACAUUCUGAAGGCAGCACCCAGACGCCGCGGACCCGACCGUCGCCCAUGUUAAGCUUUUCUUCACUGAAAACCAUCAUCCCAAAUAAAACAGUAACAUUAGGGUAAACCAUACAACCGCGGGCACUCCAACAUUCUUAUACAAUUGGCGCCGAAGAAUAAUAUUAGCAUUAUAUAUGGGCAUUAAAGUACUCUAUAGUUUCCUGGUAUAUUCAGCCUAAAACUUGCUUGCCGAAUUCUAUAAACAUAAAAAAAAAACUCAUGUAAAACAUUCCACAGAGUGACGUAAAUCAAUUGGCACUCAAUUUUCUUGAUGUGCCAAUCCGUGAAUGAGGAGUACAAAAAAUAAUAUGGUUUACCCUAUAACACCAGAGUAAUUUCAAUCAUCUCUAAACUAAACUAUGGUUUAAAUAUUAAGGCCUACAAAUUGUGAUUACAAAUUUAAUAGAUCCUAAAUUUAAACUUUCGGGUUAACAUUGAAAUAAUGUCUUGGGAUGUACUCUGGCUGACUAAGAAAAAAUAUUGAAAACUAAUGCUGUUUUAAUUAAUGAGAAAUGGAGUUAUAUUUUUGUAUAUUGAUGCAUUAUAUAAAUUUAAAAUCUUAUGAUGAUGGUUAUUGAUAUUCUUGUAUUUCAAUACUAAUAUACACUUGAUCCAUUAAUACGUUUACAUUGUUUUCAAAUUCGAACUCUGAUAAAAAUGAUUCAUCACUCAAAUGUUUUUGAAAUGAAAAUGGUUCACAAAUUUUAUUUUAGUUCAUUAUGCUUUUGAAAGGGACAAACAAGCUUUAUUUAGUAAUGUGUUUUAUUGAAAUGUUCAUCUUUUUUUUCUGUUAGUGUUGCUAGCAAUUACACGUAAUUAAUGAGAGUUUCAUUUUAGCUUUUAGUUUAUUGGUCUAUAAUGCUAAUGCCUUUAGUAAUUUUAGCGAUGUAUUAACGAUAUUUAAUAAAGUAUCUAACUGAAUAAAUUAUUCUUCUUUAUGU